UGUUUUCGUGGCUGUAUUCUUUCCGGAGAUAAUUUGUAAACUCAUAGAGACCUGUUUCAAUAUGUAAAAUAACGUAAUUGACUAGAGCGACGCACUACGUUAGACAAAUAUUUUUCAAUUUCUACAAGGGAUAGAGAAUGGGGUGUGGGAGAAAAAAAUCCGUCAACUGGACCAGUAACUACAGAAUUCAAACGAGUAUUUUCCCACUGCACAUUAUACGUAUUAUAAUAAUAAUAUUAUAAUGCCGUGUUAUCCGAUUUGCGGGUCCGUUUGAAACGUUCCGGUAAAAACUGCUUCAAUAGUUUUUUUCCAAAAGUCAACUCUAAUUGGACCAUUCUGGUCAACGUUCCGUUUAAGCCAAAAAUUAACCUCGUCAUCCCGCUUCGGGUAAUCUUCCGAAGUAGGCGGUAACACGCCUUAUUCUAACCGGCAGUCGAACCCUUCAAAUUGCAGGAGCGUCGGACGGCGCAAAGCACGCGGUCAUGCAGCGACCGGCGGCGGAUGAUCGAGAGUACGACGAUGACGUCGACGACUGCGACUGGCCGAUAGACGAGAACGUGUUGCGAUCGCUGUCCGAAGACGUACGGCCAACGCCGGUGGUGGCCGCACGGGCGAACAGUGACGACGCAGUGGCCUCCGACGUCCGACUGUGUUUGGUCGAACGAGUGGUGCCGACGGCCGAGACGAUGCGGCGGCUACGAUUGCGACGGCUGCUUCUGCGCCGGCCACCGCGGUGGUGGCCGGAAAACGGCGGUGGUACAGCCGCGGUGGCCGAGUCCAGGCGGACACAAAUGAAGCUGAUGUCCGUGCCGUCGGCGUACUCGGCGAACGGCGAGUACUACGCGCCCGAAGCGGCGUACGUGUCGCGGACGGUGGAAGAACUGUCGUCGGAACCGUGGACGACAGCGGCACCGCCGGACAACGGGUACACGUACACCGCCGGCACGGUGCACUACGACCGCGAGACAGGCGCGUGCUAUCUGCACGGAUUCGCCGACCCGCAGGCCCGGGUAACCGUCGACUGCGUGCUGCUGACGGCCGUCCUGCCCCGGCACCGGGCCACCGUCAAGAUGUACUCCACGCUCCGGCCACCGUCCGCCGACCACCCAGGCCCUCCCGUUCUGGUGCCGCACCAUUUCCAAGUGUUCUCGCGCGCCGUCCUGUUCCGCUGACGCACAUGAUAUUACAACGAUGUUGCCGUAACGACGUGCACGAACCCGUAGAUUUGUGUGCCGGUCCACGAACGUACGUCUAUAUGUACUAUAUAUUAUUAUAUUAUAAUUGUUUUGUUGUUGUUUGCUGUUGAAAUACUAUUACUACGGAGUAUAUCGUAACUUCGUAUAUUAUACGCGUAAUAACAGCUUAUAACUAUUAUAAUUUACUGCAUACAUUUCGUAUAUAAUACAAAAUAUAUUAUAUUAUUAACUUUUUUGUAAAUUAAAUCGACUAAG